AUGGAUAACAACCUUCUUGAAAGCCUUCUCGACCUGGAGGAAGAUUUCUACAAAGAAGGGUUCGGCCUGGGGACUGCGGAUGGCGCGGAGGCUGGGUAUACUGAAGGAAGUGUGUUUGCUGUGGAGAAGGGGUUUGAGAAGUUCGUUGAACUGGGAAAACUCUAUGGCAAAGCGCUGGUUUGGGCUCAGAGGCUUGCGGACAUCAAACAGAACACACACAAGACAUCUUCACCGAACUCAGAACUGAUUUUUGGCAUCGAAGAGGUGGGAGAAGAGAGCUCCCUGAAACCUGUCGCUUGCAAGUCGAUGGCGAAAUUCUCUCACAGCUCCCGACUCGCAAAGAACCUCGAUACACUUCUCGAACUGGUUGAUCCAGCUUCUUUACCCAUGCAGAACACAGAAGAGGCUGUCACAGAUGUAGAUGAACGUCUGAAAGGGGCGGUCAUCAAAGCAAAGCUCAUACAGCGUGCAUUUGGCGAGCGCGAGGAUACCUCAGAUAUCCAACCUGAUUCCAAAGGGGGUCAAAUUUCUGGCGACGGCACUGGCAGCAUUGAAGACAUCAGCUCCCUCAAUAUCAGACAUUGA